AUGAAGCUGCGGCUCCAGCAGGUUCAACAAGCCCAACAGGAAGAAAACCGGUCCAAGGGUAACACGGAGGAAAAGGGGGAUAGCCAACGGAGGGAAACCCCCCGGAGACCAACUACUCCGGACGAACAGAACUCAGAUCUUCUUCGGGAAAUGAGGAAAGAGAUGGACGAACUAAGGAGCGCUAUCAAAGAAAAGACAGACCGGAGCGUAGACAAAAUGAUAAGGGCUACGGAUUCGCCUUUCACUGCAGCGGUACUUGAUUGCCCCGUGCCGUCAAAGUUUUGCCUGCCUCAGUUAGAGCCAUUCGACGGACUCAAGGACCCUCAGGAUCAUCUUAAUACCUUUAAGACGACUCUGGGUCUUCAGCAACCACCUGACGAGAUAUUGUGUCGUUCCUUCCCUACGACUCUUAAAGGAGCUGCAAGAGAAUGGUUUACUAAGUUGCCAAACUCGUCCAUAGACAAUUUCGAUCAGCUGAGUAGUGCCUUCUUGCGCCACUUCAUAGGGGGACAACGCCCAAAGAGACCAGUAGAUUACUUACUCACUAUAAGACAGGGAGAGAAGGAGACUCUGAGGUCAUAUGUCAAGCGAUUCACCCGGGAAACUCUGGAAGUAGACGAAGCUGAUGACAAGGUGCAGCUGACGACCUUCAAAGCAGGGUUGAGAUCCAGAGACCUCGUGGCCUCUCUUGCAAAAAACCCCCCAAAGACGAUGGCUGAUAUGCUCCUGAAGGCACAAAAGUACAUGAACGCGGAAGAUGCUCUAGCCGCCAUAAAAGAUACUGAGAGGCUAGGAGACAAGUCCAAAAAGGAAGACGACCGUAGAGGGCAAAAGAGAGACAGACCAGAACGUUGGAACAAUGACGGGAAUAGAAGGAAAGAUGACAAAAAUCCUCGUCAGAACAAGUAUUGCCGGUUCCAUAGAGACCACGGCCACAACACAGAAGAUUGCAGAGACCUGAAGGAACAAAUAGAGGAAUUAAUACGGAAAGGAAAGUUACAGAAGUAUGUAAAGAAAGGAGAAUAUAGCAAGUUCAGAGACGACAACAGGACCCAACAUGAAUCCUUCACUCGGGAUGACGACCAUCCGUCCCAGCCUCCACGCAAAGUGAUCGGGGAGAUAAACACGAUCACAAGAGGACCAUUCUCAGGAGGAUCAUUUAGAUCACUCAAAAAAGCAUGCCAUAGACAGGUGAACAGCGUCCACACCAUGCCUCCGUCCAAGCACCGACGAACAUACCAAGACAUGUCUUUUAGUGAAGGAGACGCCAGGGGAGUAAAGCAGCCUCACAACGAUCCCCUGGUCAUAGUGCUGAAUAUAGAAGGGUUCAAUACCAGAAGGAUCCUUGUUGAUAACGGGAGCUCAACGGAUAUCAUCUACCUCCCAGCCUUCCAACAGUUGAGAUUAGAUCCAAAAAGGCUCCGCCCUUUCGACUCUCCGCUCGUCAGCUUCAGUGGAGACAGGGUCUACCCCAGCGGUAUAGUGACUUUGACGGUGACGGCAGGGACCUACCCAUUGCAGUUGACCAAACAAGUAGACUUCCUGGUGGUAGAUUGCCCCUCGUCCUACAAUGUCAUCAUUGGGAGGCCCACCCUAAACAAGUGGAAGGCGGCAACGUCAACCUACUAUUUGAAGGUGAAAUUCCCAACAGACAACGGCGUGGGUGAAGUGAAGGGUGAUCAAGUCCUGGCAAGGGAGUGCUAUCAGGCCGUACUGGCAAGAAAGGAGAACCACACGUGGACGAUAGAAGAAAAAGAGGAAGACGGGAUGGAGACCCUGGAAGCAGUGGAAUUAGUAGAAGGAAAUGCGGACAAGACGACCAGGAUAGGGACGACGCUAAGCCCCGAGAUGAGAGCGAGACUCAUAAAGUUCCUUAAAGAGAAUCUAGAUGUCUUUACAUGGAGUCACGAGGACAUGCCAGGCAUAUCUCCAGAAGUCAUCCAGUAUAGGUUGAAUGUGGACCCCAGCAGGAAGCCCGUUCAGCAACGAUGA